AUGAAGGAAGGUGAUGAGUGGAAAACCGCUUUUAAAACCAAGCAUGGUCUAUAUGAGUGGCUUGUGAUGCCAUUUGGCUUGACCAAUGCGCCAAGCACUUUCAUGCGCUUAAUGAAUCAUGUCCUUAGGUCUUUCAUUGGUCAUUUUGUGGUUGUUUAUUUUGAUGAUAUCCUGAUCUAUAGCAGGACCUUUGAUGAUCAUCUUAAGCAUCUUGCCGCGGUUGAUGAAGAGAAGGUCGCAGCUAUCCGGGACUGGCCUAGUCCUAAGACCGUUGGAGAGGUCAGGAGCUUUCAUGGCUUGGCCGGAUUCUAUCGGCGGUUUGUUAAGGAUUUUAGCACUAUAGCCGCGCCAAUGACUGAGAUUAUCAAGAAGGAAGUUGGUUUCAAAUGGGAGAAGGCACAGGAGGAAGCAUUUCAGACUCUUAAGGAUCGACUUACUAAUGCACCUGUUCUUAUGUUGCCUGACUUUCUUAAAACUUUUGAAAUUGAGUGUGAUGCCUCAGGAAUCGGAAUAGGAGCUGUUCUCAUGCAAGACAAGAAGCCGAUUGCCUACUUCAGUGAGAAACUUGGAGGAGCCACUCUCAAUUACCCGACUUAUGACAAGGAGCUUUAUGCCUUGGUCCGAGCCUUACAAACAUGGCAACACUAUCUUUGGCCGAAGGAGUUUGUUAUCCACACUGAUCAUUCAUGCGGAGUCAGGUUUUACCAAACUCCUAGACCUCUGCAAGUGCACAGAUCGCGGAAGUAUGGGUAUCGAACACAAGGACUGGCUAUUGAGUACACUUUGAACUAUGGAUUUUGGAUCAAGCUAAAACAAAAGUAUGAUUGA